AUGACAUCCACUGCACCCUCAAGCGGCGCUUCUCGCGCUCUGAGCUCCAGCAGCUCCACUUCCAACAACAAUGCCCUCGGCGUAGCAUCAGCCAAAUCUGGUCCGGCAUUCAUCACCAACGCUCCUCCCGUCUCUGGUUUCAUCGGGGCGAUAGGCAACACACCUCUGAUCAGACUCAACGCUCUUAGCGAUCGUAUCGGAGCUAAUGUGCUGGGCAAAGCUGAAUUUCAAAAUCCUGGUGGGAGCGUCAAAGAUAGGGCUGCCCAUUACCUCAUCUUGAAUGCCGAGGAACAAGGUGCGUCUUUCUGCAAGCACGAGAUGGCGGGAAGGGCGAUGGUAGAUUGAGCAGGCAAAGCAUCAAGUUCGGGUUCAUUCACACUCUUCUCCCCAUUGCAGGCCUGGUCCAGCCUGGCGGCACCAUCGUGGAGGGCACAGCGGGUAACACGGGUGAGCUGACACAUUCGCUGAUCAGCAUCGCAGCCCCUUCUGACCUGAUGAACCAUCUCGCUCGUCUUUGCAUCGAUUGGUCCGAUCAGGUAUCGGCCUUGCACAUGCUUGGUGAGCAUCAUCAUCAUCAUUGAUCAUGGACAAAGAUCAGCGCUUAUUCGUGGUGCUCGAUCAGUAUGCUGACUGUUUUUUUGCGCGCCUGCCGAUUUGGACAGCCGCUCCAAGGGAUACAAGUGCGUGAUCUACAUGCCCAACACACAGAGUCAAGAGAAGAUCGAUCUGCUUCGAAUGUUGGGUGCAGAGGUGUACCCGGUGCCAGGUCAGUGGCUCGCAUGGUGCGCAAUUCUCUGUCCUCGAUGCAAGACUCUGACGAGACCGCCCUUCUGUUCCCAAUCUGAUCUUUGUCGCGGCCCAGCUGUACCGGUGUCGGACGAUAUGAAUUAUAAUUGGCAAGCCAAGAGGCACGCCGAAAAGUUGGACAAUGCAGUGUGGACCAACCAAUUCGACAAUCCUGGCGGUAACAGGCGAGCUCACAUCGAGACGACUGGGCCAGAAAUAUGGUCCCAGACCAACGGUGGUAAUUUGGACGGCUUCAUCUGCGCUACGGGUACCGGAGGAACGCUAGCUGGCGUGACGCGUUAUCUUAAAGAGAAAAGCCAAGGUCGCAUUCAGUGUUGGUUGGCCGAUCCUCCUGGAUCGGUUCUUCAUUCGUACAUCCAAAGUGGCGGAGAGCUGCUAGAGAGAUCAGGAGGAAGCAUCACGGAGGGCAUCGGACAAGGACGAGUGACGGAGAAUCUCAAGCCGGAUAUCGGCUUGAUCGAUGGUAGCUUGCACAUCGAGGACGAAGCGAGCAUCGAGAUGGUCUAUAGAGCGCUGGACGAGGAAGGUCUUUAUAUUGGUGCUUCUUCCGCUCUCAAUGUGGUAGCUGCUGCAAGGAUGGCCGAGAAGCUGGGCAAGGGAUCCACGGUGGUCACCAUCCUCUGCGAUGGUGCUUAUAGGUGCGUAGCGCGCAGCGAGUGGUGCACUAGCACGUUGGCUAGACGGCCUAGACUGACUCUUUUUGUUACUUUUCGCCGUCUUUACUUUAUGCUGCACCUCUUGUUGAGCGCAGAUAUCAAGCUAGACUCUUCAGUCGCAAAUGGCUGGAAUCCAAGAAUCUCGUCAAGGCCAUUCCCGAGCACUUGCAAAAGUACAUCGUAUUGGAGUAA